GGCUUCCCAAGCUCGACCAUUCACCCUGGUCGACCAUCUUGUUUCCAAGGUCUCGCUGCUCAAGAAUUUUUGCGGCUGGAUUGUGAACCUCAGCAUCCCACUCGCAUCACCAACAGAACCUGUCUUACGCGCCUUCGAGAUUGUCCCCGGCCCUAUUGCUUCGAGCGACUGUGAUACCCACGAGAAGCAUUGGACUGGAUCUUUCUAUCACCAAAAGAAAUGUCUCCGAGUAACAUCUUGAGGGCUAUGCAGCCCCUGCGAUCAUCCGUUCUCAGAACCGUGACGGGCUCGUCCCCAGCUGCGCGCUAUCUUCAGCCUUCAACACCGAGUCUCAACUCCGGGCUGGCAUCAUUCCGACGAUCCAAUUCUUCUACCACCACUCCUCCUGCCGAGUCACAGUCAGAAACGUCGACACCGUUAUCUACUCCCCCCUCUCUCCGAACUUAUCCCUACACGCUCAAGAAGGGCACCGUCGAAUCGGUCGGCCGUAUGGACCGCACUGUCCGCGUCAGCCACCGUCACACCAGCUGGGAUUCGCACCUCCAAAAGACCUUCCCCAAGGUCACUACCUUCUUGGUGUCCGAUCCGAACAACUCUCUCCGUGAGGGUGAUGUGAUUGAAUUCUCCUCCGGAGCUCCUAAGAGCCGAACUGUGCACCACGUCGUGGAGCGAAUUGUUGCCCCCUUCGGAUCGAACAUCGAUGAGAGGCCGCCGGUGAAGACGCGCGAGGAGAGGGAACUCGAGCGAGCGACUAAGAGAGCGGCCAAGUGGCAGCGUCGGGAAACCAGGAGAUUGGAGCGUGGAGGUGAGGGUGUGAAGGAGCAUGUGGGCCGCGUCAAGAGGCUGGUCGCCGAGCGAACCGGCGGCGGCGUGAACGAGGCGUCGGCUUGAUCCUGUCGACUGGCUCUGUAAUCCUUGGAGUUUUCGUUGUUCUUUUCCUAGUUGGCCCUUGCGUUUACGAUUGUAUAAGAUAAAGGGAAGGAGAUGCAAGGUCUCAAGAGGGCUUGUUGUCUUGUCCAAGCGUUGAUAGAUGGCUUGGUUUCAAGUGUAUAUUAUACUUCCAUCAUGCAUAAUCAUGCAGCUGUUUCAGUCUAUUGUGUCUAGCCUGUCAAU